AUGGCGGCAACCAGCCAUAUGCAUAACUUGACGACCCUCAUCAAGCGACUAGAAGCCGCGACUUCCCGCCUGGAGGACAUGGCGAUGUCGUUAGAUGAACACGAUGCCCAGAAGAAGACCGCUGACAACUCGGCCGCGCUGGAGCCGCAAGCCUCUGAGCGACCUACACCAACCGCCCCUGCCGCCCCCGCAGCUGCUCCUCUUCCACCCCAGAUCGAAGACUUCGAUACAUUGAUUAGCAAGGACGUUGGGAAUUUCGUGCAACUGGGACAGAAGAUUGGAGGUCUCGUCGCAGAGCAGUCCAACGCUGUCCUUGAAGCCUUCAAGGCGGAGCGCACUUACCUCUAUGUCUCGACCAAGGCGAAGAAGCCAGAAAUCCAGCCUCCGGAGCUUAUGACCGGACUCCACACGGCAUCCGAUGCCAUCAACAAUCUUCGGGAGUCUAACAGGGCAUCGCCUCUUAUUGACCAUCUGAGUGCCGUUGCCGAAGGUAUCGUUGCCCUGGGCUGGUUUUUUGAUCCCAAACCUGCCGAUUUCGUCAGCGAGAUGCUCGGAGGUAUUCAGUACUACGGUAACAAGGUGCUGAAGGAAUACAAAGAGAAGGAUCGUACCCAUUAUGACUACAUCCAAGCGUACUACCAAAUCUUCAAAUCUCUUUCAUCCUACCUUCGCAAGCAUUACCCAAAGGGCCUGACAUGGAAUGACAAGGAUGGAAUAGAUGCACAGGAGGCACUCAGACAGGUCAAAAACAGCUCCGACUCUGCUGCUGGCGGUGCAGGAACUCCCCCUCCGCCUCCUCCAGUGCCGACUUUGAAUAUACCUGGUGGUGGCGCGCCACCACCACCACCACCCCCUCCUCCUCCCCCCAUGAUCUCCGAACAGCAGAGUUCUGGCGCCUCAUCUGAUAUGUCGGCUGUGUUCGCUCAGCUGAACCAGGGAGACGCUGUCACACAAGGCCUGCGCAAGGUUGACAAGUCCCAGAUGACGCACAAAAACCCAAGCCUCCGAGCUAGCUCUACCGUUCCUGGAAGCCCUAGCUCUAGUUCCCGCUCCAAGUCUCCAGCCCCUAGCAAAAAACCAAAGCCAGAGAGCAUGCGUAGCCGGAAACCGCCCCGCAAGGAUCUCGAAGGCACCAAGUGGUUCAUCGAGAACUUCGAUAACCCCGGAGACAUUGUCGAAAUCCCCGCCAAGCAGAACCAAUCAAUCCUCAUUUCUCGAUGCAACAAGACUAUCAUCAAAGUGUCCAGCAAGGCCAAUGCGAUUGCCAUCGAUAAUUGCCAUGGCUUGUCCAUUAUCGUCGACUCGCUCGUUAGCAGCCUUGAUGUUGUCAAGUGCUCCAAGUUCGCUCUUCAAAUUGACGGCGUUGCUCCUACACUGCUUAUGGACCAGGUCGAUGGCGCAACUGUUUAUCUGUCGUCCCAGAGCCUAGGUACGGAGCUCUUCUCUAGCAAAUGCACCGCUGUCAAUGUGAUGCUUCCUCCAAAGGAAGGCACCGAUGAAGAUACAAAGGAAUGUCCGGUCCCGGAGCAGAUAAAGACCUCCGUCAAGGAUGGUGUUCUUGUCAGCGAAAUUGUCGAGCAUGCGGGCUGAAAACACAGGCGUUAACUUUGGGCCUGUCCUAUGAAAUAUCAUGUAUCUAGAAAAGGUAGGGAUUGAGAGUUUGCUCGGCGCCUUGAUAUUGACUCCCGCAAUCUUCGAGCAAUCGUUCUCCAUUGUAGAUAGAUGGCCAUAGUAUACACAAUCUUACUACUC